CCUCCUCUCAUCCUCCUCGGUUUUUACGCGCGGUGCGUAAAACGCUUCACUCCGUGUCCGUGUCCAGAGCGCACGGACGCACCGAGCAGCGACAGGACGAGCUUCACGGUGCAAUAAACGGACCUGCUGCUGUGUCUCAGUCCGACCGGAGCCGAAGCUACCGGCGGGUUCCGCUGCUCCGGAGCGGCAGCAGCGAGGAUGUGAGGCGGAGAACCGAGCCGGAGGAGAGAGAGAGAGAGAGAGCGGCGGGCAGAGGGAGGCUCGAAGGCACCAUGAACCGGAGGAUUUAAGCCCGCAGCGUCUCCUCACCAACCGGAUCGCUGUGAUUUUUCUCCGUUUGACUUUUCCUCCAUGGCAGCGGGGAGCCGCCAGGCCGUCCCCGGGGUUUGUGUUCGGGCUGCCGGGGACAGAGAGCGGACAGAGCCGGGGAGCCAGAGAGACCCGGAGGCUGUGUGAUUGUGAACGUGAGUUUGUAAAAUGGUGCUGCCGGCUGGACACGUUUGAUCGAACAUGGAGGCCUUCAGCGCAAUCAACGCCACACAGGAAGUGCUUCACCUCCCGCCGCCUGACGACCGCUAUGACCCGAAUGCCGGCCCCAUCACCCCAGAUCUGCCCACGCCGGUCUUCGAGGGAGUGAAUUUUCCAGAAGACCCCAUUAGGCUGCUGAGUGUUCAGGUGGUGCUGAUCCUGGCCUACAGCACCAUCAUCGUGCUAGGGGUUCUGGGUAAUUCUCUGGUCAUCUACGUCAUCUACCGCUUCAAGACGCUUCGCACCGUCACCAACUUCUUCAUCGCCAACCUGGCCGUCGCCGACCUGCUGGUCAACACGCUGUGCCUGCCCUUCACCCUGGUCUACACUCUGCAGGGCGAGUGGAAGUUCGGCCGGACGCUGUGCUUCCUGCUUCCCUACGCUCAGGGCCUCGCUGUGCACGUUUCCACGGUGACGCUCAAUGUCAUCGCCCUGGACCGCCACAGGUGUAUCGUGUAUCACCUGGACACCCGGAUGCGUAAAGACGUUUGCUUCGGGGUGAUCGCGUGGACCUGGGUGUUGAGCGCCGUCCUCGCCAGUCCUCUGGCCAUCUUCAGAGAGUACGGUUCCUUCUCACUGGAGCCUGGACACACCAUGCAGGUGUGCACAGAGAAGUGGCCCGGUAAAAGCACCGACGGCACCGUCUACAGCAUCUCCAUGUUGAUCCUGCAGUACUUCCUGCCGCUGUCCAUCAUCUCCUUCGCCUACGCCCGGAUCUGGUCCAAACUUCGUGGCCACGUCAGCCCGGCGGAGAACGUCGGCGGCAGCAGCAGCGCCGGCUCCGAACGCCACCGCCGCCGCCGCAAAACCACCAAGAUGCUGGUGACCAUGGUGGUGGUGUUCGCCGUGAGCUGGCUGCCGUUCCACGCCUUCCAGCUGGCCACCGACAUCGACAGCAAGGUGCUGGACAUGCGCGACUUCCGCCUGCUCUACACCAUCUUCCAUGUGAUCGCCAUGUGCUCCACCUUUGCCAACCCGCUGCUGUACGGCUGGAUGAACCGCAACUACCGCGCCGCUUUCCUCGCCGUCUUCAAGUGCAGCGGCGAUCGAGGGAGGGGCAGCCGGCUGGACAGCAUCCACCCGGUUGGCGGUGGGAUGGCAGGAAGAGGAGGAGGGAGGGCAAAGAAGAUCGUUCUGGAAACUCAGGAUGUGGUGUCGGCACACCUGAACGCCACCGACGUUUGAGGAAUGUGAGGCUGACGUGACGGAGAUCGAGGAGCUGAAGCAUCAUUGUCUGGAAAUCUUUUUUCCCCAAAGACGACUAAAGAUGCAGGAAGAAGAAUUUCAUCUUGGCAACAGAAAAUAGGAAGCAAAAGGGAGCCAGCGUCGGAGAUGAAAGAAUUUUUUGGGAGCCGAUUGGGGGAUUAGUAGAAGAAGAAGAGCUGCUGAAUGACUCAAAGUCCGACCUCAUCAAGGCGAAGGAGGACGUUUUAUCAGCAUGAAGGAUUCGAUCUGGUCGAUUCAAUUUUCCAAGACGCUUGAUGGCGACAUAAAAAAAAAAAACUGGAUGAGAAACCUCCCAAUCUUGUCAAAACAGGGCUUUUACUCUGUCUUCAUUUCAUACGUGAAGCAUUUAGCUCAUACAUUUAACCCAGAGUGGCUUAUAAAGGAUUGCGAGUCAUGUUGUCGGAGGCCGCUGUUAAAGGAACAAAGGAGCAGCCAAAAAAAUAUAUACGUAUAUAGAAAUAUAUAUAAACAAGAAAAACGGGAUUGUUGGAGGGUGCAUGAUGUAAGCUUUAGUGAAAUCUCAGAUGGAAAGAAAACGUGUGUUUAACGUUAUGUUGAGAACAGAAGAAAAAAGACGAGGAAGUGGGUGAAAGUGAGACGAUUCAGAUUCCUUUUGUCUGUAGAUGAAGGACGGAACGGAGAGCGAAGGGAUGAAACAUGAGGGCAGAAGGAAACGGCGACGGAAAAGAGGGAGAUGUGGGAUAAUGAGGCGGCAUGUGAAAGCAAAAGAACUGCAGCAGAAGGAAGAUCCUCAACCAACACAUGAAUGUUCAUCUGGAUUUUUUAUUUAAUUCAUUUUGAUCCCCUUUUCUUUAACACAAAGUCUCGCCAUGAAUUCAGCUCUUCAUUAUUUUAAACUCCUUGUGUUGAAGAGCUGUUUUGUUUCAUGUGCUGCCCUUUGAUUCAAACGUCAUUACUGAAGCUAAUCAGUGGUAAAACGACAUUAAAGCAUCAUCGGUUGCUGCAGUUCAUAAACCUUAUUACGGGGACGAGAAAUUCUAAUCGGAUUCUGAAAGUGAAAACCUUUAAUUCAUCCAUAAACACCUGGUGAUUGAAGGGAAUCCUGAAUUUGACACCUUUUAAAGACCUUUUUGAGGCCUUAAAACCGCUUGAAGCUCUAAACGGUCGCACAUCUUUGCCUAAUUUUACUCCGAUUUUGAAACUGUCCGCAUCUUGUGGAGGUUUUGUGACAGAAGACAAAGCUCUCAACAGUCCAAACCAAACCCGUAGUCUAGAGAUCUUGGUCAUUACUAAAACACGAUCUUCCAAAAUGUUCAGUUAAAGGAGCUCAGACAUUCAAAGAGUCGCUUCCCCUUCACCUUGUAAAGAUCCAGCUCCAACUGGUUCGGGCGUCUGAUUUGUGUCCGCAGUGCUGUUAAAUUUGUUCAUUUAUUUUAUGAAGGGGCAAUUAAACGUAGUUGUGCCAGAGCUAGCUAGCUGCUAAAUUGCAUCUGUUGUCCCUGCAAUCACACAAUAAACACACUUCAUAAAACAAUGCAGCACUAAAGAGUAAAAACAAUAAGUAAAAGAUCUGAAUGAGUGCAAACUUCUACCAAGAUCUUGAAGCUGGUUUCAAACAUUGCAAAGGGAAUGGAAUUUGACCGAAACAUUGACUGGGUUGGAGGGAUUAUAUAUCUCAUCUGACCCGAGAACGCCUCAAGCACUGCUAUGUAGAAGGUGCCUGGAAAAAAGAGAGACAGUUGGCAUUUAAAGAAGUCAAAAUAGAAAUCUGUGGGAGAAUUCAAUGAUGGAAAAGUGACAAAUAUCAAGUAUAAAAAACACUUUUCAAACUUGAUUUUGAGGCAAACAUUCAUAGCUGGUAGGACUCUUUCUGCAUUUAUCUAAACAUUAAUCUGGUCACUAAAGUAACUACCAAGUAGCAAAAGGUGUCAGGACUUUGUUUCCGUCAACUUGACAUUUAUUGGUUUGUCCAAGAAGCAUCAGUUCCCUGUUUGAGUUUAUAAACCGUAAAAGCUCGCUAACUGUUUCACACAACAUUUAAUUUGACAACACAAGUGCCUUAAAGCUGCAUUAUCUCUAACAGCCAGGAGGGAGCGACUCCUCCAGUAGAAUUCUUCUUCUUUUUGUUUGAUCUGUCACUUCAGUUUUUCUAAUGAGUUUGUGGUCUCAGUCACUAGUUUCAAGUCUGCCUCAACACAUCACAGUGUCAUUGUAGUAAAUUAUGACUCCAUUUAAAGAAAAAUAAAUGAUAAAGCGAAACUGCGGCAUUAGCAAAUUAUAAACUCGACAAAACAAAUGUCAAAGAAGCUACAUUUUUUGCAGGAUCCGAUUAAAGAAAAUGGUUGAUUUUUGUUGAAUUUUGGUACUUUUCAUUUGAACGAACACAGAAUGAGACAGAGCUGAAUUAAAUCUGUGUGGCAUAUUUCAUAACUCUGAAUGAAAAGAGGACAAUAAAAUAAUAUAGAGCAGUUCUGAAAAAAGUGAAAUCAAAGCAGAGCAUUAUUAGUGUUUGGACUAUCGUACCCAACAUAUGGAGGUUUCUACAGUAAAACUUAGAGUGAUAAUAAAAUGUAAUGUUUUUAAACCAAGUGACACUGAGAGGAUGUUUGCUGUAUCUUCACCUUUUUUAGUUUCCCUGGACAAAUGGCAUCUGAUCCAUCACUGUUCAGGCAUGUUUGUUUAUAAAAAUAAAACACGCAACCAUUUUUGAAGUUCUGUUUGAAAGGCUUUUGACAUCCAAAAUGCCAAAGAGUUCGCUGGAAAGAGUUUCUGAGGGGUUUGACUGACAGAUGGUUUGAUUAUUCAAAUACAGGCAAAUAAAUUAGUUUUGCUAUUGUGUUUGGCAGUGACGUGAUUAUAGUUAUGACUAAACUGAAACAACAGUAAUGAGGACAUGGGCGGCAUCAGGGUCGACAGUUGGGGUCUGUGGUGGAUGCUGCCAAGGAAUUCAGGAUUUUAAGCUUAUAUUUGGUUGAGUUGGUGGAAUUCUCUCUGGUUUUGCAGCUUCUGGCUGUAAUUUUUGCAGAUUUUUUUAACCCUUCUAGCCAGUGUUGAGGUGGCGUUUGGGCUUCGGAUGGUUAAUCAGUUGAAAUAAACCAGAAUUAUCCUUUCAGAGAGUGUUCACGGACUUAUUUGCUGGAUUUGAAAUGGACAUUUGAAAUGAAAAGGCGCUGCAGAAGGAGCCGCCUACGUUUUCACAACAUUUUUGUGGUGUUGCGCUCGCUUCUCGCUAACUCCACACUGCCUGAUUGACUUUUUGAGGCGUCUUUUCGAGCUCUGGUCGUCACACUGAUGUAGUGACAACAUGAGUCUGCAGCCCGAGGGCAUGAAACACAUUUGAGGAGUUAAAUGGGCGGCAAUGAUUGAGUACUUUUAUGCAAAUGCCAGCGAGCUCCAAGCGAGUUGCUGCCAAUGCUUCGUCCCACUCUGCAGAUCCACUGAGCUGCCAAUAAAAUGGAAAAAAGGCUGUUUACUGCUUGUAAAGUCCAGUGUUGUUGCAGUUCUGGUGAUAGAGAUCAGUACAGAACACAUAGCUGUUGGUGUUAGAUUGGCUGUGGAUGUUUCACAACCUGGCAGGCCAAAAGCUGUUUUAUUAAUGGCUAAAAACUGCUUCAUAAACUGUCUCUUAUCGGUUCAAAUUAGUGCCUUAAGGGCUUCUACUCUGCUUUUUUCUUGAGUUUUUCAAUUUAAAUUGGGCUCCAAGGUCAGAUAUUUGCAUGCAACUGGUUCCAAUCUGGGCUCCUCAUGUAUUAAUUCAUAGUGAAUCAUCAAAUUCUCCAUCAUGAAGCAACCCAGAAUGUCAUUAUGAAGGAAUCAAAAAUGAGUCUUUAUUGAAAUAUCCCAUCCAUUGCCAUCAAUUAAGUUUCUAAUCUUUUUCAAAUCCAAUGUUUAAAGGUGGAAAUUUUUUUAAAAGCUCUGAUUUUGCAAGAGUUUGGUGAGUUUUCAUGUGUUUCAAAUGUUACAACAUCUUCAUCUUUGCACUCUGCCUCUGUAUUUCCUACAUUAUCAGCUCAAUAGCAUGCUAAAAGGUUAGCCUCGGUGGCUUCUAGACUGAAGGCAGCAUUUGAGAAUUCUUGUAGCUCAUUAUUUAAUCUGAACCUCAACGUGGCUGGGAUUGUUGAGAUAGAUUUGCUUCAAGACCUGAGUGUUUCAAACAUCAGUUUAUUUUCCUUUAGGAGAACGUAUUGGCUGAAUCUAUGCUAACAGAUGACAGGCACAAAUUGUCUCUAGCUGGCAACAUUGAAAUUAUUAAUGCUAAGCUAGUUUAGCAAAGUGGUGUGUGCAUACUUAUGGGUGAUAAUGAGUUUUUCCUGGCGGUUUUGUUACAUUUUUGAGUAAAGUUUGGGCUGCAAAAGUCAAGACAUGCAUAUAUUCAACAAUAGACAGCCCAUGGUGUGUUUUACGAUUGAUGAGAAAACAUGGGAAAAGAAGCUAAGGGUGGCUAUUUUGAAGAAUCUAAAGUCUAAACAUGCUCAGAGUUUUUCCACAAUUUAUUGUUUGCUGCAAAAUUCCAUAUAUCUUUCUUCAUAGUUUUGACGUCUUCAAUGAGAAUCUACGGUGUAGAAAGUCGUAGAAAAUAAACACAAAGUAUUUAAGGAGAAGGUGUGUCCAAACUUUUGACAGCCACUAGUUGGUUUCAUCAGAGCUACACCAACAGCUCCACUUUCUGUUGCGAGAUUGAAUUUUCACACAUUUACAAAAAAAAACCCUUAAUUUCCGUCCAGCAAAUUAGUUCUUCAGUAUUUGAUCACCAAAAGUUGUUUCAUUAUGAGUUUCGACUUUAAUUGCCUAAUUGUAAUUACAACUCUCAGUUCCCCCUUAGGCAGGAGCUGUGUAAGAGUAAUAUUAAUCUGUUCUAAACACAAUGAAUGAAGAACAGAGACAUGAGCAAGAAAAAAUGAAUAGAAACAUGUAAGAGGGGAUCAGGCACCCUGCAGACAAAAUCCUUCUUUUUCAGGGCUUAAACACAGUGUCCCUCACGUCUUUCAUUCUUCAAAUCCCUCAAUAAGUGGAUCCUCGCUCUGUUUGAGCUGCAUCAAUCACCGCCUCGUUCAAUCCCACAAUCCCUCUGUUCCCACCCACCGGGCCCGUUUAGCCUCGUUUCAGCUCCUCGUCUGCCUCCUCUGUCCUUGUUGUCUACGAAUGCAUGCCUACAAAAAAAUAAACACAUGAAAUUUAAAAAAGCAAGAAAUGGAUGAAGAGAAGAAAAAACUCAUGAGAAACGCCUGCUUUAUUUUGCUAUGAAUAAGUGCUGAGUCACAAAAUAGCACCGACACAAACUAUGCCUCUGAAAUCACGCUUUCACAGAUCUGUUGAGGGAUUUCAUUUCAAAAGAGCCGAGAUAUUUUUGUAAGAAAAAACGGAAAACAAAAUUCCACCACAGUGUGCUUUAGUUCAGUGACAGGAGUUAAAAUCAUUUCACUUGAUUUAUUUUUGUUGCUUUUGCAGCCGAGUUUUGAACAUCGUUGCAUUCAGAUGGAGGUUCAGGAAGAUGCUUGUUCUGGAGCUACAAUAUCGUCCAGCCUUAAGAGUAAAAUUGGGAAUGGAAAACAAUAUAUAUUUUGAAGACUGCAUUUUUGGACUACUUGAAGUUUGGAUGGACGUAAAACAGUCCUGGUUGAUUCAUUAGUACAAAGGACACAUAUUUAAGAAAUAAUGAAGUCCGCUGCAACUUCCUAAGUUAAUUUUAAGUCAGAGGUUUUAACACAAGACUAAUUUUCACUAGUUUUCAAUUCACAAGGAGCGACUGCAUCAACACUGCAUGAUCACUUAAGAGUUUGAGAGCCACAAAUGGAGACCUCACGUCAGCCAAAGUCCCUCGUUGAAUAAAAAUGACAAAUGAAUUGAAUGUAUUAUACUUUGAGAUUUAAGAAAGAGAAAGAACUUUCUAUUACCCUGAUUUUUGAGGAAGAAAUGCAUUGUUUCUUCAAGUAUUAAUGAUUCAACCAGGAGAAUUUUGUCCUGAUUCAAGCUGUGAAAGUGAUCCAACUCCUUGGGAUUUUUUGACCGACUACGAACUGGUUCAAAUGUGCUUUUCAAUCUAAAAUACGUUGAUCUGGAUUUGGUUUGCUGAAAACAUUUGGUCACUGUGAGAAUCAGGCUGAAAUUAAAUGACACUCAUGAAAACAAAAUAAGCAAAAUGACAAAGAAAUGUGUUGUCUGAUCCGCAACUUUUACAGUCAAUAUGGAUUUUAAGUAAAUUUCAGCAGAAGCUCAAGUAGCUUCACUUGAAAAGGCACAUUGUUGGCAGAAAUUAUUAAAGAGUUGAUAUAAAAAAUAGUUGUGUUGGCCCCAGGUGUAGCUGAGCUGGUUCUUUGUUGGUCGAAAAGUCUCACAAAACAGUGGCAUCAUAAAAAAUAACAGGACUUUUACUCACAGAACUAACUAUAAACAAAGGAACAAAUGACUUUAUUUGCUAGCAUGCUUGCUAACCUGCUAGUUAGCUGUGUACUAGUGAACAACAGAGCUGUAAAUUGCUCAGCUAGCUAUUUAGCAUGCUGAUCAGAUGAGCUAGGGUAGCCAUGUACCUGAAUGGCUAACAGAGCUAGCUAAUUAGCAAGCUAGCUAGCAAGCUAAUGAGUGAACUCAUUCUAGUGGAUUCUUUCUGUUAAAUUCAACAUCUGAAACUGUUUAUUUUAUCGUUUUUCUUGUUGUAAUCUUGAGUUGGGUUUGUUAAACACAAUAGCGACAGAAAAGUUUUCAUGACGUUUAUUUUUACACUAGCGCUCGGGGACCAAAUUCGGUGAUGUCAAACUAUUUAUGAACCACCGCUUUAAAUGCUCCAGGUGUCUGUUUAAAUGAUUUAAAUCCAUCAUGUUCUCUGUCGUUCUUUUGGAAAAAGAAAUUUUUAUCUCCUCGCAGAUCAUGUUGUGACGUAUCCUGACGAGGGUUGUGACAGGCCACAGAUGCUGCUUGACCUUUCUCAAAGAUGAAUGUAAACCGCUUUGUAACAUGGCUGUAAUGUUGUAUGUUGUAUAAUUUUGUGUAAAUAUCGACUGUGUGAAUAACUGUAACCAAGCACAAACUGUUGGCCUUUACCUGUGUCCAACUACAGAUGUACUAUUCUCAAGCACAAACAA